AUGGUGCACCCCAACUACCCGCUCCUUGAGAUGUUUUACGACAGGGAGCACCGAGCACACCUGAUGGUCGACAACGGCGAGGUGCUAUCACCCCUUCGGAUUCGCACUCACAGUCCUCUCAGGUGGGAUGAGAGGUAUGCCCCAUACAUUGGGCGUGCAGAAAUCCUACUGUUGGCUCGGUUGGUCAUGGCGGGGUUGCCGAUGUUCAACAACGCAGCUCUGACUGCGCUAGUCGACCGCUGGAGGCUGGAGACACACACCUUCCACCUCCCUUGUGGCGAGCUCACGGUCACUCUGCAGGAUGUGGCCAUGAUUCUCGGGCUUCCAGUGGAUGGGCAGCCUGUGUGUGGGAAUGUGCAGUAUGCAGGAUGGAGAGACAUGGUGGAGCAAGUUGUUGGUAGUAGGCCACCUGAGCCAGUGCAGGACGCGAAGGACAAGAAACCCUCUGGCGUCAGCUCUACCUGGUUGGCUCAGAACUUCACGGAGUGUCCUGACGAUGCAGCGGAGCAUGUCGUCGAGAGCUACGCUCGCACGUGGUUGUGGCAUCUUGUGGGCGGCUACUUGUUUCCGGACGAGAGUGGGAACAUAGUCUCGUGGAUGUACUUGCCGAUACUUGGCGAGCAAUGGGAGAACGUUGGACUUUACAGUUGGGGAUCGGCCACGCUCGCAUGGCUGUACCGGCAGCUAUGUGAUGCUUGCAGGCAUAGUGGGGACCAUGCCAACCUUGGGGGAUGCGCGUACCUGCUGCAGGUGUGGAUGUGGGAGCGGCUGUCGGUUUGGCAGUUCGAGGACGAGGGCUCGCUGCCGACCGUUGCUUUCCUUUGGAGGAACGUCCGGGCCGUGACUGGAAACGUAGGCAGGCGGUACCUCUUCUACACCAACGAGCUAGACUGCAUCAUGCAAAGCCACGUGACGUGGGAGCCAUAUGACCAGCAUGAGAUCUUUGCCAUGGGUCUUAGCCCAUUGUGCACAUGGGACAAUGAGUAUUGGCAGUCCGUUCUGCCGCUUAUUUGCUUCUAUAUUGUUGAAAUGCACUGUCCAAACCGUGUGAUGAGACAGUUUGGGAGGUUACAGCGUACGCCUCCAGACAUGACCCCCACGUCUGUGGCUUUGCACAAGAUUGACAGGAGGAAGCAAAGGGGUGCUAGAGAUUGGCGAGACGUCCACCACAGCUACUUGGUGCAGUGGAGCAACCGGGCACAGACAAUCGUGCACGGUGGUGCCGCCCACUUCUCGGGUCUGUACCGUGAGUAUUUUAGGUGGCUGCACGACAACUCCAGGUUGACAAUCAAGCCACCUCGAGUUGCAGUUGGAGCGGAGGAUUUGCCGGACUCCGAUGACGAGGAUGACCUGAUAGAUGAGGACAGCAGCUCGGACGCCUUGCAAAUGAGGCUGGGCAAGCUUUGCUUGUCCCUCCGGAGGGUUCGUAGGAGCUGUCGCCGCCUUGCGUACAAGAUGAGCUGCAUGACGACCCCGGAUGUGGAGCUUGCACACGGUGGUCCUUCUUCGGAGCCAUCUGCUGGCCACACGGCUGCUUCGACCCAGCAGACGCCGGUGCACUACCGUACCCGGACCCGCACGUGCAGUACCAGUGUUGCGCGGACGCUGUCGCACAGUAGGUCAGGAGCCGCCUCUACUUCCGUUGGCACGGCUGCAUGA